AUGACAAAACCUGCUUAUGUUGUUGUUUAUGUCUUUCUUAUUUGCGCUAUGGCCAAUGGGGGUUCAGAGGGAAAGAGAUGGAAACAUGAAGAUUUUCAUGCCGAUCAUCGUGGAGAAAAGGCAGAGCAGGUGUGGAGACAUUGUAGAAAAGAAAUGAUAGAGAAGAGUUAUGGCAUCAAAGAAUUUGACUUGCAUUUAUUAGAUGAGACGAGGAGAAAGAGAUCGAAAUAUCUACCUCCCUGUAUGAAACAAGACUUUUUGGAUUGCUUAAGAAACAGAAAUUAUCCUAUUCCUGUUUCGGAACAGGAAGGACAUUUCUUGAAGAAGCAUUAUGAGUCACUCUUUGGUUUAGCAGAUGGACAUAGAUAUUUACUUUCAGAAUCACCGCAUAACCAGACACCACCGAGCCCUGAUUCCGUUCCGUCAUCUGGAUCAUCACCAAAACUGAAAAGUCAUGUUGCAGCACAAACUACUUCUUCACCUCCAACUCCUGAGCUUUCGUAUCAUGAUUUCACACUCCCUCCGAACGUGUUUGUGCCAUUUUUACCACCACGUCCUCCUCCUCCUCCUUCUCCUCCUCCCCCUACUCCUCCUCCUCCUCCUGCUCUUGCUGCGUUUGAUCAGAAAGAAAUUAUCAUUGCUGCAGUUGCUUCAGGAAUUAUAAUCUUAAUCGGCUUGUUCUUAUGUUUCCGCGAGAUGAGGAAGAGAAAAAAAGUUGACAAAGAUGUCAGGCCUUUACUCAUAUUAAGCUCAAGUGAGAUGUCUGGUGGUAGUUCACAAAAGUCUAUGAGUUUCGAAAAUAAUGAUAUGAAAGAAUAUGGUAUUAACUACGGAAUGAAUCCUUCUACUGUUAGGAACUCGUCCAAUAAGCAUGAAGUCAACAAUGCCUCACUGGCUGAGAUAACAUCAUCAGAUAACAUAGGACAAGUACCAGUAUCUCCAAUAAAACAUCUUCCAGGAAGAUCAGCCCCUGAGGCUUCACCGCCGCCGCCUCCACCACCUGCUCUUGCACCUUGCCCUCCACCUCCUCCAAAAAUGGCUCGGGCUCCACCUGCUCCUCCCAAACCAUUGGAAGGUCGAAACCUUAAAUCACCUCUAGGACCACUUGGUACUAAGGAUGAUGAAGAGUCUGAUACCCCAAAACCGAAAUUAAAGCCAUUUUUCUGGGAUAAGGUUGCAGCAAAUCCUGAUCAAGCCAUGGUCUGGCAUGAGAUCAGAUCAGGGUCAUUCCAGUUCAGUGAAGAAAAGAUAGAGUCUUUAUUUGGCUGCGCAAACCAGAACAGAAAAAAAGAUUCUCCAUCUUUAGAUCCUUCUGUCCAGUACAUUCAGAUUAUUGACCCUAAGAAAGCACAGAAUUUAUCAAUUCUUUUACGUGCUUUGAAUGUGAGCACAAAAGAAGUUAUUGACGCCCUUAAAGAAGGUAAUGAGAUUCCUGUUGAGCUCAUCCAAACAGUAUUGAAGAUGGCGCCAACAACAGAUGAGGAAUUGAAGCUAAGGUUAUUCACGGGAGACAUUUCCCGACUUGGCCCUGCAGAGAAGUUUCUCAAGGCCUUGGUUGAUAUUCCAUUGGCUUUCAAACGUCUCGAGUCACUACUGUUCAUGUUUACACUUCCGGAUGAGGCUUCAAGCAUUAAGGAAUGCUUUACAAUAUUAGAUGUUUCUUGCAACAAACUAAGGAAAAGCAGGCUUUUCCAAAAGCUAUUAGAAGCAGUUCUAAAGACUGGAAACCGAUUGAACACUGGAACCUAUCGUGGUGAUGCUCAAGCAUUUAGGCUCGACACACUUUUGAAACUCGCGGAUGUAAAAGGAACAGACGGUAAUACCACACUGUUACACUUUGUGGUUCAUGAGAUCAUUCGUUCAGAAGGCAUAAGAGCUGUAAGAACGGAAAAGGCAAGCCAAAGCCAUUCUAGUAUGAAAACUGAGGAUUUCAUCACUGAAUCAAAUGGGGAAUCAGAAGAGCACUAUCGCGGCCUUGGCCUUCAAGUUGUUUCAGGUCUAAUUACUGAAUUAGAAGAUGUGAAAAAGGCAGCGGUGAUAGAUGGUGAUGCUCUAACAUCUGCAGUGUUGAAACUUUAUAAUACAUUGGUAAAAUCUGAAGAACUGUUGAAUACGGGUCUGAAGAAUCUAGAAGAAGAUAGCGAGUUUCAACAUUCCCUUGCAAAUUUUUUGGAGAAGGCAAGAGAGGAAGUGGUAUGGUUGAUAGGGGAAGAGAAGAGGAUAACGACCGGGGUUAAGAGUACUGCAGAUUAUUUUCAUGGGAAUGCCGGAAGAGAUGAAGGGUUGCGUUUGUUUGUGGUUGUACGUGAUUUCUUGGUAAUGUUGGACAAGGUGUGCAAUGAGGUAAAAGCAUCAACAAUGAAGACAGUAGCUGCCAAAGAUUCUCCUUCUAGCAAGAAAGAGGCUCCUUCGUCCUCUCCAGAUAUUCAUCAACAAUCACUCUCUGAUAUGCAUAGGAGACUAUUUCCAGCCAUAGCAGAGAGGAGAAUGCAUGACUCCAGUUCUUCCUCGUCCUCCUCCGAUGAUGAUGAUCAUGAGAUGUUACCAACGUAG